GGAAAUCUUAUCGCCGAGUAGAUUCGCAUCGUCAUGCGUAUUACCUCUAGGCCCUUCGACCGUCAAGAGGUUAUCCUCGUCAUCCUGAAGGCUGUUCUAAUUUUCUGGGAUUCAACUACAACGGCAAGCUACGCAGUGCGGAGGUGCUGGUGAAGAAAGAAGGCCCUGUCCUGAUUCGCCGCGCCGAGACGCAUCAGGAUUUGUUUGCUUGCAUAGAAGGGUAUUACGGACGAGAAUAGGUCUGUGUACCAUGUCGCCAAGUGGACUCCGAUAGGUCUGACUGACAGGAUGAUGUGGCCCCGUAUUUGUGAAAAUGCGUGUGGGUGUACGACUGAGAAGAUGUUGGUUGAGGACGUAUUCUCACGGCUAAGUACUACGUUGUAUUGUUCGAGUUUUGGGUUGUCAUUAUAUAUGAUAGAGAGCGCUGUGGCGAAGUCGAUGUCGAAGAUGUUGUGAAUACUAGAUCUAGAGGGACGCACCUACGAGAACAACACAGAUUGAUCUAUGGUUUUUUCAUGGGAGUACAUACUGCUCGCAGCACUGCUCUCCGUAUACUACUAUCAUGAGUUGAACAAGACGCAUACUGCAAAAGACAAAGGAAUGACACACAAUGAAUGGCAUAGAGUUCACAUGUUAUGAGUGGGAGCACAAUCUCAGAUACCAGUGUGACUGAGCAGAUUUGAUAUCAUAAAUGAAAGUCGAUAAGUCCUUCCUUCAAAUCCUAACCGAUGCCGCGAUACCAUUCAAGAGCAAUUAGCUUACCCUUAAAAUAUCAUGUGUCAGCCAAUCUAUCUACUCUAAUUCCACUUCUAAGAAACCGGCGCUAUCAUUUAAAGUCUAAAUUUCUGUCCGAUCUUAUCUUUUUGCUAUUCCUAAAGAGUUGCAAUAUUUUCAUAGAGGUUUGGAAAAAAUCGCUACAAACAACAAAGAGUGAGAGUGUCGACUUGCGUGAGCAAUCAGAUGCAUGGCCCGUACUAAUGGCAGCAACUACAGAGUUAGAACGAAGUACCAGAGCGAGAGCUCUGGCCCGCUGGAAAGUCAUAUGGAAGUCGAUCCUUCCGAAGAGUAACGAGAGUGGAGCACUUUUUUUGACUCGUAACGAGCGACUGACGAGCACGAGUUGCCUCCGCAUGUUAAGGACCCGAGUGUCUGCGGCUCUUCUUUAUUUCAUCCCUUUCACUUUGAAGAUGAAAGAACAAACACAAUUGAAGUUCUUGAUCUCUCUACAUUCCGAUGUCCCCGAACAUAAAUCGGUCCUUCGACGUUCUGAAAGUUCUUAA